AAAGGGUUUGCAAUAUCACAGACUUGAACUGUAAUAUAUCAGAAGACACUGAAAUAGUUUAAUAUAUUGAAAGCAGAUAGAAAGGGGGAAUUUAUAACUUUUCAUCUUUUCAUUUUGGAUUCAAACAAAAACAGGAUGGAUGUCGGACGGAUCAUAUCAAUUUUCGUGAUUCUAAUAGCACAUAUAACUACCUCAUCAAUGACUGCUGGUACGACGACUACUGCUCCUACGACAGCAGCACCAACGACUGCUGCACCUACCACUGCUGCACCUACAACUGUUCAGCCUGCCGCUCCUACGACUGCUCCUCCUGCCGCACCUACUACUAUAACACUCAUAAGAUCCAGGUUGACUUUCAGAUCGGUUCGAGCCACAUUUACAAGUGACUUGAUGAAUCCAAUGACUGCGGCUUAUAAAGCACGAGCUGCAAUGUUAAAAGAACAGAUUACACCUGUUUUCCAAACGGCAUUCCCUUCCACCUUCAAGUCAUUGGAAAUAGUGUUAUUCAGUAACGGAUCAGUCAUCAACAAGAUAGACCUUAGCUUUGCAAGCACAUUUGUUCCUAACAUCACUCAGAUUGCGAACACAGCUAUAAGCGUCGUCGGCCUUGACAUUGAAAGCAGCUCCAUCGACGUGAAUGGCAUAAGAUUUACAGCUUCAAGUGGAGUAGUAAGCCACAAGAUCAGUCUCGUCACCGCAUCCUGCCUGGUACUGUUGUCAUGGUUACUGUCAAGCCAGCAAUAGCAUCAGUGCCGUUUUCCAUUUGAAAACAGAUCAUGAGUGCCAUCACUGGUAUGAAAAAUUAAUUUGUUGUCGGUAAAAAUCUUGUCGUUGAAGUCUUGUACGGCACCAGAUGAACUUAUUUUUUUAUUUAACUUUGCAUUGACCUGGCACAUAAAUGAAAGUGGAUCAGGUAUGUCUGUCGAACUAAACACAUUUCUGCGUGGGAAUGUCCAGGAUCGUUUUUUAUUUAUAUAAAGUGUAUUCAUGUAAUCAUGCAUAACCAUAUUCUGUGAGAUUUCCUGUAGUUUGUACAACUUCUGCAACAAACUUUACAAUGAUCAG